AUGAAGCGCAAGACAGACAGCAGCUCGAGUAAGGGUCAGCCGGAGACGAAAAAGCGCGCCUUGUCCAGCGAGGAAGCCGCUGCGCGUUUCCGCGACGGUCUAUUCGAUCCCUCGGAGCAACAGAAGUAUACCGAGCAGUAUGCUCAGUCUGCUCCUUACAAGCAUGGAGUCAUUUCCCCUUUGAUCGAGCCCUCCCUCUUACGAGCAGUCCGCGACGAAAUCCAGGCCCAAGUCGACUUCACCGAGAAGGAGACCGAUAUUUACAAGAUCUUCCAGUCUGGCGAUCUGGCCAACUUGGACGGGCUUGAUGAUGAGUCCCUGUCGAAGCUCCCUUCGAUCCUGAAGUUGCGCGAUGCUAUGUACUCUGCUCGGUUCCGCGAAUACCUCUCCGCCGUGACCGGAUCCGGAAAGCUCAGCGGUCGCAAGACCGACAUGGCCAUCAACGUCUACAACGAAGGCUGCCACCUGCUGUGCCACGACGACGUCAUUGGUAGCAGACGUGUAUCCUAUAUCCUCUACCUGACCGACCCGGACACCCCGUGGCAAGAGGAGUGGGGUGGUGCAUUGCGCCUGUACCCCACCACCACGAAAAAGGAUGUCAACGGCGACGAUGUCAAGAUUCCCAGCCCCGACUUCAGCCUGAGCAUUCCCCCUGCCUUCAACCAGCUGAGCUUCUUCACCGUCCAGCCCGGCGAGAGUUUCCACGACGUCGAGGAAGUCUACCACCCCAAGGAGAACGAAGACAAGUCCAAGAAGCGGGUGCGCAUGGCGAUCAGCGGAUGGUUCCACAUCCCGCAGGAAGGCGAAGACGGAUACGAGGCCGGCUUAGAGGAGAAGCUCGCCGAGCGCAGCAGUCUGGCCCAGCUCCAGGGACGAGGCGACAUCUACGAUCUCCCGCAGCCCAAGCCGGUCGUCUGCGAGGAAGCGGACGGACAACAGGCUGCUGAGGGCAAGGGCAAGGGCAAGGCGAAGGUGGAGGAGGAACCCAGCACCGAGUUCACGGAGUCAGACUUGAAUUUUCUGAUUCAAUACAUCCGCCCCUCCUACCUGACUCCGGACAUCGCUGAGGAGAUGUCAGAGACGUUCGGCAACGAAUCCUCCCUCAACCUCGACCAAUUUUUGUCCGACAAAUUCUCCGCUCGGGUGCGCACGUACAUCGAGGAGCAGGAGAAGCAAUCGCUGCCCAACUCCUCGGACGAGAUCCUCGCCCAGACCGGGUGGACCGUUGCCCGGCCCCCCCACAAGCAACGCUACAUGUUUCAGCAGCACGGAACCGCCACGGAGGAUCAGAAGACCCCGCUUCAGGAGCUCCUCAACGACCUCUUCCCGUCCCGGGCGUUCCGCAAGUGGCUGGCCCUGAUCACCGGCGCGGCUCGCGUCUCCAGCUACGACUACCUGGCGCGCCGCUUCCGCCGGGGCCAGGACUAUACCCUUGCCAGCGGCUAUACCGGGGAGGAGCCCCGCCUGGAGUUCACUCUGUGCCUGACGCCCACGCCCGGCUGGGAGCCCGAAGGCGCCGAGGAGGAGGAUGGAGAAGAGGAGGAGGAGAAGUCCAAGCCCCAGCCCAAGCCCGAGUCCACGGACGAUGCCAAGUCCGCCGACGAGCCUGCAGUGGGUGGAUACGAGAUUUACAUGGCCGUCGAUGACGAGGACGAGGGCGAUGCGGCGAUCUAUCGGUCCGCCGCCGGCGACGAAGACGACAGCAUUCUCUUCAGCACAGCGGCCAACUGGAACCGCCUCAGCAUUGUCCUGCGCGACAGCGGCACGCUCAAGUUUGUCAAGUACGUCAGUGCCGCUGCCAAGGGUGACCGCUGGGAUAUUACCGGUGAUUUGGGCGUAGAGUUCGACGAGAAUGAUGAGGAUGACGAGGAUGAUGAUGAGGAUGAUGAUGACGUUGACCCUGAUGACAUGGAGGAGGAUGAUGAAGACGAGGACGAAGGAGAGGAUGAGGAGUAA